AUGACUUCCAGCCCCACAACCAUCGUGCUGAUCACCGGCGCAAACCAAGGCAUUGGCUAUGCAGUUGCCGAGCAACUUCUCAAACAAAAUGGCUACUACAUCCUCCUUGGCUCGCGGAAUGCAGAGAACGGCGCAAAAGCUGCCGCGGAGCUGGACCCCUCAGGCCAAUUGGUGGAACCAAUCACUAUAGAUGUAACAGACGAUGCAUCCAUCCAGCUAGCCGCAGAUCACAUCGCAUCAAAGCACGGCCGAAUAGAUGUGCUGAUCAACAACGCUGGUAUCAACAAUGAGCUAUCUCUUCACUGGAAGCAACAAGAGAACAAAGAGGAGAACAAAAAGCGCAAACCAGAUCUCCCAGCUUUGCGUCAAAUCUACCGUGACGCAUACGAAGUCAACCUCUUUGGUGCAGCAAUCACAACCGAGGCCUUUAUACCACUACUCGAGAAGGCAACUUCUAAGCCUGCGCGUAUUGUCUUUGUAUCAUCGCAUACCGGCUCCAUUGGUCUCCGCGUGGAUCAGUCUUCUAGCUUCUAUGAGAAGAUGAGCCGGCCCUCGUUCCCAAUUUACCGUAGUAGCAAGACUGCAAUGAACAUGCUCACGCUACACUAUGCGGCCCAAUUCCAGGAGCAGGGAUGGAAGGUUAAUGCAUCGUGUCCGAAUUUGACAAAGUCGGCCUUCUCUCGGUUCAGUGAUUUGGGAAGGUCUCCGGCAGAGUCUGCAGUCAAUAUUGUGCGGUUGGCAACAUUGUCGGAGGAUGGAGAGACUGGAAGGUACUCGGAUGAGAAUGGUGCGGUUGAUUGGUAG